AUGGAGAUGCCAACCAGCGUGGCCACUCUGAGGGCUGGCGCUCGCAGCGCGGUAGCCACUUGGCUCUGGGCUUCCAAGCACAGAGUCUGGCAACAAGCUCAGGUGCGACAUUGUGGGAAAAAACUGUGGGGCCAUCGAGGCCAAAUAAGUUUAUCCAUCAGAAACAGCCUUUGCGAGAGCGAAGCACUCCUGUCUGACCAAGUGCUCAGCGUAUGCAGGCCAGCACACACCAUGUGA